AUGGCGUGCCCGCACGGCUCUUGCUUCUGCAUGCACCCCGGCUGCGAAUUCGCCGAUUCGCAGGUACCGUUCAUCCUACACCUCAGAGAAGCCCACUUGACCGUUGUGGAUAGGUUCCCGUACGACGAGGACUUCGGAUUGGUUCAUCUGGAGGUGCCGGCACCGGGCUCGCCAAAACGACAGUUCAUCGGCUACGAGACGGAUGGCGCAGUGUUCGUCUUGCACAUCCACCCUUGCGGCAUGGACACCGCGGUAUCCUUCGUGUGCGUCAGGCCGGCGGCGUGCAACUUGCCCCGGUAUAGGGUGACGAUGUGGGCGAACGGCCCGCCGAUGCCGGGGCCGCGUAAGCUUACCGGGGAACACUUGUUUGACGUGGUGAAGGCGGUCAUGGAUGUCUUGGAGUUAGCCUCCCUUUAG